AUUCCAAUGCUGGAGUGGUCUGCUGUCUUUCUCACUGUGCGAAAUGAACGAAACGUUCUAGACUAGUUGAAAUGAAGAAGGACUCGGGACUCGUUCGGAUGGUUGAAGAUUAAUUCUCUAGUGCAUGCGAGGGCAGAGGGCGGAAGGAGUAUCCUCGACCGCAGGCCGCCCAGUGACCCUGGUCUUGGGCGGAGGCGACAGCUUUUCGUACCCUCUUCGUGCUGAGAGGCCGGAGAGCAAUGGGGAAGUUGCAAGCCUGCACCGAAUGCUCUAGCGCAGCGCAGAAAGGCAUCGCUGCUGCGAAGGUUGGCCAUCUGGAGUGCUUGCGAGCGGUCUAUUCCAGUUCCAGUGUCCUCAAUGAGCGCGACCAGUUUGGCGCAACGCCGAUCCACUACGCUGCCCGCCAGGGUCAUCUGGAAUGCGUGAAGUGGCUGUGUGAGAGCAGCGGCGUCAGUCCCAACUCGGCUGCGCGCAACGGUGCCACUCCCGCGCAUGACGCCGCCGCUACCGGCCACGUGGAGUGCCUGAACUACCUGCUGAAGGAAACCAAAUGCAGCGCUAACGAUCGGACCAACGAAGGAGCAACGGUGCUGCAGCUGACCUGUCGCUUUGGCAAAGCUAAAGUUCUCAAGUGGCUCCUGUCCGAAGAAAUUGUCAGCUUGAAAGACAAGGGAGCUAACGAUGUAACAGCAGUCCACAUAGCAGCUGCUAAAGAUAACCUUUCCUGCUUGAAAGUGCUGACGCGAAGCAGGGAGUACACGGCCAACGAAGUGACGAAGAGCGGAGCUACGCCAGUUUACUUUGCUGCCCAGGAGGGAAGCCUGCGCAGCUUGAGAUGGCUUGUCGAGCGCUGCAACGGCGAUGCGUUGCAACGAGCAAGCGACGGCAUGGCCCCAGUGCACGCUGCAGCGGGCAGUGGCCACAUCCUGUGCAUGCAAUACUUGAUCGAGAACGCCGGCAUCAGCUCGCGAAUGCGCUCCGCCGAGGGAGCAACGCCGGCGCAUUACGCUGCGGCUGCCGGCAAGAUCCAGUGCCUUCAGUGGCUGCUGGACAAGAUAAAGGGCAAGAAACUCGACAAGGAUUUGUCUGGCGGUACGGCCAUCCACGAUGCGGCAGAGCUCGGCCAGGCGGAUGCGCUACGUGUGUUUCUGAGAAGAGGAUACAAGAGUGACGAGAAAGAUGAUGAAGGGGUAACUGCUCUGGAUCUAGCCCGUGAGAACAAUCACAAAGAAUGCGUCGAUCUUUUGCUCGGUGUUGGAAACAUUGGCACGGAUACCAAAGUGGACUUGAGUAAUCCUGGUGCUGCAAUUCGUAAGGCAUCAGCAAGUGCAGAUCACCGUGAUAAGCGUGCUUCAAUCAUUUCUAUGAGAAGUGAUGACUUUCAAAUGGACAUGCAGAAUGAAGCCGUUCAAGCAGAAGCCCGUUCUCCAGCAGUCACCUCUCAAGACUCGGUAGAUGGAGGGGCACAGGCCUCGCCUGAUCACCGUCCUCUGCCCCCGCCACCGCCACGAGCUGCUAAAGCCUCUGACGAGAUCCAGGCCGAGGCAAGUAAGCCGGACAUGCAGGGAGCAGUUACAAGCGACGAUGCUGCUACCGACAUGGCAUCGGACGGCGCCCGCGUGUUCAGUGAUACGGAUGACGAUGAGCUGGAUGAUUCCAAUAGCAGACAGCGUAAGAAGUCCAUUGCUGGCUUCUUCACGCAAAUGAAGAAACGGCUCAGCACCUCAUCGCUCGUCGACCCAUCGGCGAAAGCCAGUGAACCACCCACACCCACCGAUGAUGGCAAAGAUGCCGAGAGGAAGCGACGCCGAUUCAAAAUGCCCAAGCUGAAGAAGCUCUGGAGAUCUCAGACCAGUUUGGAUAAGGCAGCGACAGCAGCAUCAGCAGCCGCAGAGCAGCCGCCUCUCUCACCGUCAUCGAAUGUCCACUCGCCUGGCUUGGACAUGGUGGCCGAGGACGGCACUAUGCUGCCCGAGGAUACACCCAACACGACUGUGGUCUCGGACACGGAGCUGGAGAAGCUGGCAGGCGCUGAUGCUCUGGAAAAUGCCACACCAGACCUGCCACGCCACACCAGACCUGCCACGGCGGACUGCACCCAAGUUGACCGAGGAGGAAAAGGCGGAGCGGAAGAGAAAGGAACUCGAGGAUAG